ACGCGCUGACGACGAUAACGAUAACGGCGGCGGCGACCUCGACGAAGAUGUAUUCGAUGCGACCGGUGGUUACUCUACCCGCUAAGUGCUCGCCCUCGACGUCCAUGUACGAGAUGCGAAGCAUUCACGAGGACAGGCGUGACGACCGGCGCCGUCGCCACGACGCCGCUGACCCCGCCGCCGAGACGGCCAACAUGCCCGACAAUGCUGUUGUCACGCAGGUUAUCAGCCUUCUGCAGACACCUUUGCCAGAAUACGGAGCAUUGGAAGCUAGGCAAGAGAAAAUUCUUAGCCAAUUAGCAGAACUGAAAAAGCAAGUCUCUACAUUAUGCCAUUUCCUGAAACAGUCUAAUAAGGCAGAGGCUACAAAAGAUUUUGUAAAAGUUCUGAAACCAGGCAUUAUCAGACUGGUGUUGAAUGUAAAUCCAAAAAAACCGCCAUAUUGCAUACUCGCUUUGCAGAAGCUUUGGAAGGACACCAACAUCAGAGUGAUAUCAUACAUUCAUUCUAAUACUAAGACUGAUGAAGCGCCUCUUAUUUUUCCUGAAGUUUUUAUAUCGGCCACAAAUGUUAUAGAAUUAUCAUUGAUAUGGAAGGAAGUUUCGGAUAUGGAAAUGAUUGUGGACACGCUUUCUUACCCCAUAAAAGGUGAAGUCAAUUUUCUUAGAUAUUUAAGUAGAUUGCUAGAAUCACAUAAUUACGAGAGUACGUGCCUACAACCACACACACUGGACUUUGCACUUGACUAUGUUAAUUUGUUACAUCAUGAGCAGUGCAUAGAAAAGGGGUUGCUUGUACUAGCUGAUAAAUUUGAGAAAUGGUCAUGCAAAGGUGGAUUCAACAUUGUAGACAUUGCAGUGUGGUCUCUAAUUAAACAGUUUCCUAAAACAAGAUUGCCACCAAUUUUUCAUGAAUGGUACGCAUUAUGCGAAAAGACUUUUAUAGACGAAUCUUUUAUUCAUAAGUAAGGCUUGUUGACAAGAAGUUAUUUCUCUUUUAUAAAAUAUUUGAUAUGUUGUUAAAUGUAUAUAAAUACACUGUUUUUCUCAUGCAUAAAAAA